AAAAGCUGGGAUUGGUGGCAUCGUCCGCAAUUUCCAGAACACUCGAGUCGCAUGCGCGUGCUCCAGAUCAUGGCGAUGGCCGUCGUGGCGGCGGCCGCCACCGCGCACCAGGUCGCCAUCGUACCGUCAACUGAGUCAUCGAUGGCGCCGACGCAGACGUGCGAGCUGACCGUCGACGGUGUCUGCGCGCCCGCGCCGCCACUCUUUGAGCCCACGCGCGAGUGGCAGGAAAUCCUGCCCAACCAAGCCAUUCCUGGUGGCCUCCACGUGCGCAUCAAUCUUGCGACGGGCAAGAAGGAAGCCAAGCUGCUCACCGACGAUGACGAUAUUGAUGCGACGCCAGCCAAUGUGCCCACGCCCGAGGUUGCCACCAGCGAGCUUACUGUUGUCGCCAGCGAGCUCGUGGGUCAAGUGACGCCGUCUGACGUUGUCGCAUCGCCCGAGACGAAGGAGGAGCACCGCAUUAGUGACUCACUCUACAACGUGCUCGCGGGGCUGCCCGAGCCGCCAGUCCUCGACGGUAUCAACAUCCACGACGCGCAUGCACACCUCUCCAAGGAAGCGUUUGCCGCGUACGUCGAGAAGCUCUGGAAGGCGCGUCAAGCCGAGCUCAAGGAGGCGUCCGAGGCGAUUCGGAACGAAGCCAAGUACAUGCAGACGCUCAUCGAUGCGCUCUUGGCGCCGACAACGCCAACCGACGACGUGCUCGACGCGCUCACCAAGCUCGAGUGGGAAGUCCAGGACCUCGACAAGGCCCGCGACUUCAACACGCUCGGCGGCCUCGUCGUGACGGUCCAGUUCCUCAACGCGACGGACCUCGCCGUGCGCGCGCAGGCAAUGUGGGUCGUUGGCAGCGCGAUCAAGCACUUUGAAGAAGCCCAGAAUUGGGCACUCCAGGCCGGCGCGGUUCCGCACCUGUUGCAGUCGCUCGCCAUGCCCAUCUCGGACAAGGCGGUUGUCGCGAUGCAGCGCAAGGCGCUCUACGCCCUCUCGGCGCUCCUCCAAAGUAACGCCAAGUGCCAAGCCGUGCUCCUCGCCCAAGAUGGCGUCCGCAUUCUCAACGCGCUCGCUGCCAACGCGAACGCACCGUUGCAGCUGCGGCUGAAGGCAGUGCUGGUGCUGCACCACCUCCUCGCCGAGCACGCAGCCGACCCGUCGCGGGCCGCCGACGUCCACGCGGCCGUGCAUGCGACCGAUGCCUACUGCGCGGCGACCGCAGCGCUGCUAACGGACCCGACGCUUACGCCGAAGCUCGGGCUUCAGGUGAUGGAGGCGCUCGCGCAAGCGCUCAUGUCGCCGCCGUCCAAGUGCACGGCCGCCCUCACGACGCCGGCCGUCGCUGCCCACGUCAAGGCGCUCGACACGGCGUGGCGCACAGACCCGUCGCUGGACGCGGACCUCCAGGAGGACGCGACGAACGUUGCCAUCACGCUCCUCGACUACCUUCAAGCGCUCGCCGGAUUGUAACGACGGAAUGAAAUUAAAAUAAUAAUAGCUAGUGUACACGCAAAUUGGC